ACGCGCAGUCGCGACAAGCCCACGCCCGCUCCCGAGGAGGCGCGGCUGAGCGCGAGGGCGGGGGAUCCCUUCACGGCCGCCGCGCUCCCCGCCUCACGGGCUCGGCCUGCGCCCACGCAGGUACCUCAGCCUUGAAGGGAUCCUUUUCAUUUUGCAUCCGUGUCUUCUCCUAAGUAAUUGAUCACUGUGCACCCAGGGACACCCAAUUCACAGUGGAGCAGGAUCAAGCUUCAUGAAUAGUCAAAAUGUUGUGGCCACGCUGCUGCAGGAGUGCAAGCGAGCUCUGGACGUGCUCCUGUCAGCAGAGUCCGACACACGUGAGGAAGACAAGCGAGAAUACCAGCGGUGCGAAGCCUCGCUUCCCGACGAGCUGAGGACCCUCCUGGAGGAGGCCAAGGAGAUGAAGUGGCCCUUUGUGCCGGAGAAGUGGCAGUACAAACACGACGUCGGCCCGGAAGACAAAACGAACCUGCAAGAUGCGAUCAGCGCGAGGCUCCCUGAGCUGCUGGUUUAUUUGAAAGCCUCCAUCAUGGUCAAGGACUGUGUAACAGCAGCUGCUAUUGUGUUUCUGAUUGACCGCUUCCUAUAUUGGAUUGAUGCCUCGAGCAAACUUCUUCAGAUUGCCAAAGGUCUGCACAAGUUGCAGCCAGCAACGCCGAUCGGCCCUCAGGUGGUCAUUCGCCAGGCUCGCCUCUCUGUGAAUGCAGGUAAACUUUUAAAAGCUGAAUAUAUCUUAAGCAGCCUUAUUAAUGACAAUGGAGCAACAGGUACAUGGCGAUAUGCUAAGGAAAGUGAUAGGACUCUUGUUCAGUCAGUCUGUUUACAAAUCAGAGGACAGAUUCUUCAAAAGCUGGGGAUGUGGUAUGAGGCAGCAGAAUUGAUCUGGGCUUCAGAUGUGGGAUAUUUCAAACUUCCUCAACCAGAUAAAAAGGGAAUUGCUACUUCCUUGGGUAUUUUGGCAGACAUCUUUGCUUCCAUGAAUGAGAAAGAUUAUAUCCGUUUUAAAACCAACGCUGAGAUAGACCUUCACCUUCUUGGAGAGUUCAGGCAUCGCUUAUUAUCAGCUGCGGAGGCCUGCAAGCUAGCAGCAGCCUACAGCCAAUAUACCCCACUCUUUGUGCUCACAGCGGUGAACAUCCGUGGAACAUGUUUGCUGUCCUACAGUCACUCCAAGGACUGUCCCCCAGAGAGGAGAAGGUUCUACCUGUCUGAAGCAAAGGAAUCCUUUGAGAUUGGCCUCCUCACCAAAAAUGAAAGCAGUCCUGUCACUAGCAAGCAGGAGCUCCAUAGUUUUAUUAAAGCUGCUUUCUGCCUCACAACAGUGCAUCGAUGGCUCUAUGGGGAGAGCGAGAAGCUCUCUGAGGUGAGUCAACUGUGUAAAGAAGCCAUGGGAAAACUGUAUGCUUACAGCACUUCAGUUAUAGAAGAUGAAGACAAGGGAACACUUGCCAAAGAAAUCAUGUCUCUGAUCACAUCCAUUAAGAAGGACUUGCAAGUGGAAAGCUUCCCUAAUUCUGAUGCCAGGUCUUACGUUCCAGAGAGUUAUAAAGGUGCAAUGGAAAAAACUGUCCUUCAAGGAGAAGCAAACUUUGAGAAAAUCCUUGCAGUGCAUUCACAGCAUCAUCAGUCAGUGUGUGAAGUAUUUGAAAAUACUUGCAGGAUUCAUAGAACCACACUAGGAGAAACCAAAAUGGGAGCUUGUGUCACAACCUUAAAAACAGAAACAGAAAACGUAGACACUGUGUGUACCACUGAAGAAACGGCCUGUAAGGGGAAAGACACUGCCAAAAGAUGUAUUGCAUCAGAGGCCAGAAGUAGCUCAGAGAGACUCAAUGGCCAAACAAGAAAUAAACAGAUCAGUUCUGACCUGACAAAAAGCUCCUUUGAGAAGAUCAAACCGUUAGAAAGAGUGAUGAAUGACAAAAACAGUGUUUUCAGCAGAUGGGAAAACAGGAGUCCAAGUACUUCUUCGGAGACCUCUUGGUGCAACCUUUCAAAAUCACGUUCCUCUUCCAGCUGGGAGGAACUAAACUACACUAGCAGCACAGAGCCACCCAGGGAAGGGCAGCAGCAGGGAAAGGGCUCAGCCGGGGAGCAGUGCGGCACAACCGAAUCCGAGCAAAAUGCUCCAGCCGGUAGCUUGCGCCCACCGUUUCCCAGAGCUCUGCAUCCUUCUCCUCGAGAGCCUCCGCAGAGCUGUUCGGGGUCUCCUCAGCCUUCCCUGGAGGCAGGCGCGCCCCUCGGCGGGAAGCUCGGGGAGAAGCCGGCAGCUGGCGGGGAGCAGCUGCUGGAGGGACACCCUGGGAGGACCGCGAGGGAGGUGGGCAAUAAGGGCUUGGCGAGUAAGGCGGCUCCUUCCCUCCCCAGGCCUGCCGGGCCGGGGAGUGAGGCGGCCGCCGCCUCCUCCUCCUCCUCCUCCUGGGAGGAGCUGGAGCCGCGGGGCGGGCCGGGGCGGGCCGGGCCCGGCUGCAGCACCGCGGACAGCGGCCGCGGUGGGGGCGCCUGGGCCAGGCCGGGGGGCCCGGGGGGCGCCGGGGGCCCGGGGGGCGCCUGGGCCGGCCCCGGGGCAGAGAGCGCCGAGGAGCCGCCAGCCGGAGCGCGGCGCCACGCACGAUGGGCUGCCUCGGCGGCAGGCGCCCGGGACUCCUCCGUGCGAGAGCGGCUGAGAAGAUGUGCGCCAGGGGUGGGGAGCGGGUCUCUCAAAAUGCUCGAGGUUGACCCCCAAGCAGAAACAGUAGAUGACACUGACUCUGAUUUCGUAACUACUGGUAACUUCACCUACCGUUAUCCUACUGAAGCCGUUCCAGAGCGUCGGCUCGCUCCCACCACGCCAACAGCUUUGCCCUCAGCGGGAAGCAUGUCCAUAACUGACCACUUUGACUGUGCCACUACUGAGGAAGAUGAAGAAAAGUCUCAGAAUAUGGUGAGCAGGAUGCAACAGUCUGGCUCACCUCUAAGUCCGUGUCAUGAAGCAGCCCAGAUGUCCAAGAGUUCCCCUGAAAGCGUGCAUCCAUUUCUGAACCCGAGGGGAAGUGGAUUUGUCUUCGUGCCUGGGAGAAUCAAGGAAGAAGUCCUUGAUGCUCGAUUUCUGAAGGAUGAUGAUUACUCAAGGCUUCUGUCAGGCGUACAGCAUAGCUGGCUUGUCCAGAGACUGUUGCCUACAGGAAUUUUUAAGGCCAAACAGUUCCACAAAGCGUACUCUGCACUUCUUUUGAAAUAUUCAAAGAAAUCAGGCCUCUGGACAGGGCAGGAAACAGCUGUAUUUAUCGGGGACUACCUGAACGUGGCAAAGGAAGGCAAACAGAGGACUGCGUUUUGGAUACACUUCCUGCAUCAAGAGGAAAGCCUGGGAAGGUAUGUUGGCAAAGAAUAUAAGGAAGAAAAGGGGCUGCUUCAUCAUUUCAGUGACGUGGAACGACAAAUGACUGCCCAGUACUACGUGACGGAGUUCAACAAAAGGCUGUAUGAGCAAAAAAUACCCACACAAAUCUUUUAUAUCCCUUCGGCAGUACUCCUGAUACUGGAAGACAGAACUAUAAAAGGAUGUGUGAGUGUGGAGCCCUACAUCCUUGGGGAGUUUGUGAAGCUGUCUAAUAACACAAAGGUAGUAAAGAACGAGUACAAAGCCACACAGUACGGGCUGGCCUACGGCCAUUUCUGCUACGAAUUCUCCAGUGGGACAGAAGUUGUUGUCGAUCUGCAAGGUUGGGUGACAGGUAAUGGAAAAGGCCUCAUUUACCUCACAGACCCCCAGAUUCAUUCACUUAAUCGCAAAGAUGUUUCACACACCAACUUCGGGAAGAGGGGAAUUUAUUACUUCUUCAAUAAUCAACACGUGGAGUGCAAUGAAAUCUGUCGUCGCCUUUCUUUAACAAGGCCCUCAAUAGAGCCACCAGUGUAGACUCACGCAAGAUGGUCUGACAGAAAAUGACCCAUAAGAUGGACAGGAUUUUAUACUGCACGCAUUCAGGAAUGCAUUGACUCUGUUGGAACAGAGCCACUGAGGCAAAACCCAUGUGAGUCCAGUCAGUUGUUACCCAAAAAAGUUUGGAAAAGUUUUGGAAAAGUUCUGAUCUUUGCAUCCAGGCUUGUCAUGCCAUGUUACCAUCUUGUGUACCAUCCAAGCUGUGUGU